AUGAUUAUUGCAGGUUUUACUCGCCAGCUCCGUGGCUGGUGGGAUAAUUAUUUGACUAUUAAAGAAAAGGGAAUGGUUAUUAAUGCAAUAGCUACUGACGAAGGGGUUGAUAACUUAGGCAUGGCUCUUGUGAAAAAUAGAGAGGAUGUUGUUUAUACCCUUGUUCUUACUAUUUUAGAGCAUUUCAAUGGUAGAUUUACCAAUCAGCAUGAGACAAUUCGUACUCUACUUAAUGGUCUUAGAUGUAGGACCUUAGGUGAAUUCAGAUGGUAUAAAGAUACCUUUAUGAGUAGAGUUAUGGAAUUACCCGAGAAUAAGUACGACCAUUGGAAAACUAAGUUUAUAGAUGGCCUUCCCUCCUUAUUUGCUGAAAGAGUUAGAAAAACUCUAAGAGGUAGCUACGGUGAAAUUCCACAGCUUAAGAUGGAUAAGCUUAAAGAGAAAUCUCAAUUAGGAGACUUUUUAACCCAGUUCAGAUUACCCGAGACUUCUACUCAUAAGAAGAAGAAACACAAGUAUCAUAGAUACCCUAACCCAGACAGUCCUUAUAAGAAAAAGAGAUCAAGAUAUAGAUCCAAAAAAGAGCGUGAUGCUAAGAAAGCCCAUCGCAAGUCUACUAGAUUUACGAAAAAUAGAUCUAAGCGAGAUCUUGCUGAUAUUAAGUGUUAUAAAUGUGGAAAAUUUGGCCAUAUAGCUCCAAAUUGUAAGCUUCAAAAGCUAAAAACCUUAGGACUAGACGAUGAAUUACGUGAUAAGGUUUAUGGUUUGUUAUACACUUCUGGAUCAGAAUCUGAUUAUUACUAUUCUGAGUCAGAAUCUGAGGUUGAAGUAGAUUUACUAGAUUUAUCUUAUAAUGAUAAAAAUAUUGAUAAUACUUGUACAGCUUGCAGAGUUGCUGAAAAUGUUACCCCAGAGCGGAUGUCGCUAGAGGCAGAGGCCGAUGAGGAGCACGUGCCAUAG